AUGUUGCGGGUAUGUUCGAUCCUUCUCCUUCUCCUCGGUAUCAUUAAUGCGCAGCCACCGCCCGGUGGAUUCCCGGCCGGCGAGGUCAACGUCGACAAGAUUGGGCAGAUGUACGGCAUCGCGACCCAACUGAUGUCGUUGACGAACGAAUUUAUGGGAAAUGGACGGGGUGGAGGAGGAGGAGGGGGAUCGGCCGGGUCCUACCGAGAAUCUGGAUACGGUGGCAAUAGUAUCCUGUCGGAGGUGGCCAACAAUAUGCGGAGCGGCGCCGACGAGAAGCUGACCCUUUACAACGAGUACGGUGGACUGCCGUCCGGAGGAAGGCCUCGUAGCGGAAUUCAGUCGAUUUUGAACACGUUUUUGGGCAGUUCAGUGAGCGGUGAUUCCGAGCCACUACCCCCUCCGCCUCCGCCUCGUCAACCCGCUCGACCCAGGCAAAAUGGGGCCACGCUUCUCGACCUGUUCGGUCUCGGAACGACUGAGGCUCCUACCACGACAACAACAGAAGCUCCGGCACCUGCUCCGGGGAGAAAUAUCCUCGAAAUGUUCGGCCUAGUCCGUCCCACGCCUCCUCCCGUCACUACUACCACUAGGCGGACACUUUUGGACCUCUUUGGCGGUGCCCCGGCCCAGGAACAAAAACCCCAGCAACGCGCCGCUCCUAUUGUCGACAUGUUGGAGAUGUUCGGAUUGAUGGAAAAGACGACCACCACCCAACGGCCACGAUUGUUUGAUAGCAAAAGUGGAUUUGGAAUGGGAUCGAAAGGCGCCAGCGACAUCGACGCCAUUCUCAACGCACUAAUGAGAGGAGGUGCCAAAACGGCCGAACCGGAGCCCCCAUCUCCAGCUGGAAUGCUUUCGCAGUUUUUCGGCAAGAAA